AUGCUGGAGCACUUUGAGGCCGCGCUUGGCGGCUUGACGGGAGACAGGCUUGGGUUGGUGCUGGACUUUGACGGAACGCUGUCCGAAUUUGUGCCUGAUCUCGACAAGGCCGUCAUUAGCUGCGAUGUUGUCCCGCCGCUGCUAGGUCUUGCCAGAAAACUCACGCUGACUGCCGCGAUGUCGGGCCGCGCCGCCCGCGACCUGGAGCAGCGCGUGGGCAUCGAUGGCCUAGUUUACAUUGGCAAUCACGGCGCGGAGCGCAUUUUGGACGGCGCGCUCAGCGUGGCAGAGGAAGCAGAGAGUUCUGAGUCUGACUUGCAGGCGCUGCUUGAAAGAUUGGGAAGCGCUGCCAAUGACCCCGGCAUAGUGCUUGAGAACAAAGCGUACAGCGCAUCCUUGCACUAUCGGCGCGCGUCCGACGAGGCCGGUGUGAAAGAGCGUUUGCGAUCUGCGCUGGGCGAUAUACCCAAGUCAGAAGACCUGGAAUUCUUCUGGGGCAACAAGAUACUGGAGAUUCGGCGCAGGAACGGCGUGAAUAAGGGUAUUGCCCUGGAUAGGGUGAUCCGUGACUGGCAACUUGACGUCGUAAUCUUCGCCGGAGACGAUACUACGGACGCGGACGCCCUUCGCGUACUUCAGCAACGAAAGGCACCAGGGGAUGUGGACGGAUUGGGCAUUGCGGUCAUUCAGGACGGCACGCCCUCGUCUGUGCUGGAUAACGCCGAUUACAGCCUCAACGGAGUAUCGGAGGUUGCGACUUUCCUCAGCCGACUGGAUGCUGCAAUCGGCUGA